UUCUUUUUUCUUGUAUUCCCCCCCACCUCAAAUGCAUAGUACAGAUUAAUACUCUGGGUGUGGUAUAAAUGCUUUGGGGUUGGGGGAAAAAAACCCAACAGCUUGUUUGAAAGUUGCAGAAAGAUGUGAGGCUGGCAAGUGAAAUGUUACAGUAAGGUAACACAAAUUUUCUUUCAUGCAGGAGAAUGUUUCCUUCGGUCAGAGUUAAAGUAAAAGGUCUGGAUCCAGUGAAACAAUAUUAUAUUGCUAUAGACGUGGUCCCAGUGGACUCGAAAAGAUACAGGUAUGUCUAUCACAGCUCGCAGUGGAUGGUGGCUGGAAACACGGACCAUUCGUGCAUCACACCCCGGCUUUAUAUGCACCCGGAUUCCCCCUGUUCAGGAGAGACAUGGAUGAGGCAGAUCAUCAGCUUCGACCGGGUGAAGCUAACCAACAAUGAGAUGGACGACAAAGGGCAUAUAAUUUUGCAAUCAAUGCACAAAUACAAGCCCAGAGUCCACAUUAUCAUCCAGGAUUCCCGGUUUGAUCUCUCCCAGACCCCAUCUUUGCCUGCAGCUGGUGUUCAGACGUUCUCUUUCAAAGAAACCGAAUUUACGACGGUCACCGCUUAUCAAAACCAGCAGAUAACAAAACUGAAGAUUGACCGGAAUCCCUUUGCUAAAGGAUUUCGAGAUCCUGGAAGAAACAGAGGAGUUUUGGAUGGACUUUUGGAAUCCUAUCCGUGGAGACCAUCGCUGACCUUAGAUUUUAAGCAUUUUGGGACAGAGCAACCAAGUGGAAGUUCCGGCUCUUCUCCUGCAACGCCCUCUGGGGGGACCCCAUCACCUCUCAGCUCUCUCCUUUCUUCUGCGGGUUCUCCUCCCACCCUUCACCUCUCCGCAACCAAUCUUGGCAUGCCCUGCCCAGAUUCUUACCUGCACCACCUUGGUCUACCCAUCUGCUACAAGAUUUGCCCUACCAACCUUUUAAGACAGCCGUCCCUAAUGUUCCCAAGCCACCACAAGUUGGGAAGUGCCCCCGGUCCUCACUUUCUGCCCCACUUCAUGGUGGAGGUGCCCACUUUGUCGUCUCUGAGCAUUGGCGAUGUCAGAAGUGGCAAAGCAGAAGAUCUAGAGGGAGUGGUGUCCCAAGGGCCCAGUUCUGCUGGCCAGAUGUUGUAUGGCUUGCAUGCAUCUGGAAAUAUUUUCCCAUCCGCGCCCGUUGCCCGAGAAACUUUAAACUGUGCCUUGCACCCUCCUUACGGGCUCUACAGUUAUAACUUUUCAAUGCCUUCUAGGUUAAUGAAUUCACUGAACCACUUCAAACUGAGCAGUGGCAUGCCACCACUGCUCCAGGACAGCAGGUGUAACCAUUCCGCCUGGACAUCCACGGUAAAUCACUGCCUCUAAAAAGACUUCUAACCUCUCCAAAGCAGGGUUAUGUCAGGCCACGAACAAUACCUGGAUCUCAUCCUUCACUGAACACGAAUGGACUACAAGGUUUGGAACACUGCAAAACACAAGGAGAUAGAUCAAAUGGCUUCCUGAAAUUUUCUUCCUGUUUAUUGACAGGGAAACUAUGUACACACCUUAGUGGGUGGGGGAAUAAGUUGGGGAAUAAGGAAGAUGAAUUUGACAGAGGUUUGCAAGUUCCCUUACCAGGAUGACGGGAGUGAAACAUAUUUAAGGUCCACAACAGGUAGAUAAUAUUCAGAAGUGGCUCAGACAGACAUCUCCUGAAUUCAGCAAACUAUAAAAAGUUGGAGGAGGAAGUACAACACAAGACUGUUACCAGCCCUGCUAUGCAAACCAGAAUGAGAAAUUAUUUUUGGGAGGGAGGAACCUUAACCAAACUCUAAGCAAGCUGUGUCACUGACUGUCUUGAGAACAUCUGAUAAAGAGAUCAAAAGCACUAUGAACCAGUUAGCAUCAGAGAUGUUCUUCUGUGUGUAGGAAAGAGAGGGUCACAACUGCUAAUUUAUUUGGUUGCUUUCAUGGGCCUGGCUAAAAAGGAAAGCUGUUCUUUGAAUAUUUGCACUUUGCAGCAGAAUUUAAAUAUCGUGUCAUGAUUGAAAUGUAAUGUGAUCCCAAUGUUCAUGAGAUUUUUGUAUCUUUCGUCUGAGAAUUAUUUUGAGACUAUCACUUAAUCCUCAAGUUGGUUUCAUGGCUCUUUUGAAGAGCUCAUGCGACUCAUUCUUUUCUUCAAUGGUUCCCUGAGUAAAGGAC